UUGUUGUCGAUCGCUUGAAGAGAUAUAAACACGACCGACCCUGCCCCUAAACAGCUGCAGCUCGGUCGCUGAUAGACAGCUAAAUGGGCGACACAUUCACAUUGCAUGUAAAGGUAUGGUAAUACCCACUUUUGCAAAGUUUAACCAGAAAAUUUUUGAAUUUCGAUGUAUCGGGAAUCUGGAUGAGUAAUUGGUCACUUUGACUCAACUUGAUGUUCUUCAAGUGACUUGGAUCAUUAUUCACGCUUCAUUUCAAUCUGGAAAACCAUGUCUGGAUUUACGGCAUCAAAUGGUGUUGAAUCCGACCAAGAACUUCUCCUCUCCCUUGAUGCAGAGGCAGAUGAGGGUCUCCACGGCAAUGGAACAUCAAUCAGUGCUCUCUCUCAAGCCAUACAGAAUCAAAAGAGACCAAUAACAAACAAAGAGAUUGGACACUCAGUGAAGACUGAGUAUGUUUUGUACCUAGAGAGGUGGUAUGUUUUGGCUGUGUUCUCAUUGAUGUCAUUCAUCCAGUGUUUAGCCUGGAAUACAUGGGGACCUAUUGAAGACACAGCAUCGUUAGUUUUACACUGGGACCCUGGUCAGUUUGCUUUGUUGGCUAAUUGGGGCUGUAUCACAUUUCUCGUGUCUGCAUUCUUCUUUUCAUGGCUUUUACAUGUCAAAGGUCUACGUAUAGCUGUGCUUCUCACUGGAGGACUGUUGGUGAUAGGUGUUGGAGUGAGGUGCAUCCCGGUUCCUGUUUAUAUGAUGAAAUGGACUAUGAAUAUUGGGCACAUCUUCAUUGGACUAGCUGGACCGAUUAUGAUGUCUGCCGUCACAUCAAUAUCAGCUACCUGGUUUCCUACUAAUGAACGAACCACAGCUACAGCUAUAUCAUCUACCUUACCCUACCUAGGUCUAGCAACAUCAUUUGUGCUUGGGCCAGAGAUUGUUGGCAACAUAAAAAAUGGAACAACAACCCCACUCCCAUUUACAGUACCAGAAGGAAAUAUAUCAUUCCAGUAUGAUCAUACAGAUGAUGACAUGGAGAAACAUCUUAAAGGAAUCCGUAUUCUCAUGUACAUAGAAUUUGGUGCAGCUGCCUUGGUGUAUCUAGCAGCUUUGAUUCGUUUUCCUGCUCGACCAUUGACCCCUCCAACUGCUUCAGCUAUUGCCAAGAGAGAAGACAUGAUUGCUGGGCUGAAAGCUAUUGUCAAGAAUGUAUCCUUUUGGAUUCCGGCACUAGCCUAUGCCAUCAGCACUGGUGCAUACAAUGGGUGGACUGCUCAGAUGGUUGCUAUUUUCAAUGACCAUGUUGACCAGACUACAUGUGGCUGGAUAGGUUGCUAUACUAAUUUGGCAGCAUUAUUUGGAGGAAUCGCAAUUGGAAGAUGUGCAGAUUAUUUCACUGGAAAAAUGAAACCAAUCCUUCUCGUCCUCAUCAUAGCAUCAUGUGCAACUCUCACUUGGUCUAUACUACUUGCCAAUGAUUACAUUCCUUACAAUUUACCUUGUCUGUACGUCUCUGUCAUCCUAUUUGGAUUGUUCCUCAACUCCACCAUCCCACUCUUCAUGGAGAUAACUGUUGAGAGUGCAUUCCCCAUUGGUGAAGAAACAACCACCAUUCUCAUGACUUGGUUGAACAAUCUCUUUGCUCUCUGCUUCCUCAUAUUACCCAUGAUCCCAUCGAUAGAUAAAGACUUUGAUUGGUUAAACUGGGUGAUGCUUGGAUCUACUAUCAUCUGUAUCCCGUUGAUGAUCUUCUAUAAAGAGCAUUAUAACCGACUUGACUUUGAUGUAAGUCAUCCUACUCAAGAUAAUAAUGACUCGCCAAACAAUCAUCAUACACAAGGCAACCAAAUCAAUGGAGAUAUUUAUGCGUGAUCCAUACAGGCGGCUUGGUAUUUAAUCGUGUGACAAUAAAUCAGAAAAUUGAGGUCCAGAUUGUACACAGGUACAAAGCUUAUUCUACUAAAUUACCCAAAUUCAUGGGUGUCACUCUUCAUGUAAAAUGUAUUUGUUAAUUGAUACCCCCUUUUCUUAUUCAAAUUGUAGUAUUGUACAGAAAUCUUAGUAUCUUACUUCUUUUUUAUUUUGAUGAAAACAUUUAAUAGCCAACUUAGGUUUUCAAUUUUGGAGUUGAAAGCAAUAUUUUUUUCUGACCAUCAGUUAUGAAAUUGAGACCAGUACUUAAUUUGGAGUUAGAAGCAAUAUUUUUUUUUCUGACCAUCAAUAAUGAAAAUGAGGUCAGUUAUUUACGUAAAUCAAUUAUGUAUAAUUUCAAUUAAAUCAAUUUUGAUAUUGAAGUCAACUUUUUACAAAAUUCAGCUUUUUUACUGAUGUUAAUUAUUUUCUCAAGUUAAUAAUUUCUACAGAAUUCAGUAUUAUUUUUAUUAAGCAUUUUUAUGAGGAGUUUAAUUUAACGAAGGAUACCUUCUGUGAGAAACUUAAAUGAUUAUUUGGGAUACCUUCACCAACAGAACUAACUCUAGAUUCAUUAGUCAUUAGCUGUGCCAGAUUUAUAAGUAUACAGUGCAUCCCACAAAAAACGAAACCGAGAUUUAUCAAUGAUUUAUCAUAACUUAAUACAAAUACA